AUGCCGAAUAAGAAGGAUCCGUUCAAAGUAUAUGAAGAGACUUUGUCUAUGAACAUUGAGCGCAUGAGGCGUGAUAAAAAGCUUUCUACUAGUGUGAAACGCUCUCCACUGAAGUCGCCAAAUGUUGCUAAAUCAAAAGCCGUCAAACGGAGAACAACACCAAUUUCCGAACCCCUCCAGCCCGUGUCCACGAGAGGACUACUACUGGCUUUGACGAGUUUACACCAGCAGAGCAAAAAGAAGCAAGAUGGAGGUGCUGAAUCAGUGCCAAAUUUGCCCAAUCCAAGAAGCUCUCGCGUGUUUGAAGGCAGGUAUUUUACCAACCAGUUUCAGGCAAUCGAGAGUAUUGAAGGAAAAUCACGCAACUCAGUUGGUCGAGGAGGGAGAAAGGAGGAACCAUCAACAGAUCUUGUUGUUGAUAACUUACGACGACAAUUUAUCAAAUUCGUCGAUUGGUUCAAGCUCAACAAGUAUCAAUAUGUUGUACCCUCUAGUGUUGCUAAUAACGAACUGAGAUCAGUGAAUCUAGCGGCUUCUAAACUGGGACCAAUGAAUAUAGCGGCUUCUAAACUGGGACUAAUGAAUAUAGCGGCUUCUAAACUGAGUGCCUCAGUUGCUGUAUCCAAAAAAAAAGCUGCAGAAAGUCGAGUCACAAAAUCGAAUGAAAAGCUGGAUGCUGUAUCAUCUGUUGUAAAGAGCUUAUACGUCAGACCCGAGUAUCGCACAAAAAGAAUGUCUUAUAAUACGAGCCAAAGGCUUUACAAAGUAGUCGCACUUGUUGAUAUAAGCCCUUUCAUGUGUAUGGUGGAGACACAAGAAGUUGGGCAAGCAGAAGAAGGAACGGUCCUGACCACCGAAGUAAUAUUGAUCAAAGUUUAUGAGGUUAAUUUAGUAGUAGGAGAUAUAAUUCGAUUGGGGUUGAAAAAUGAUAAUGCCGUUAAGUUUGGGAUUGACUUAUCCCGAGAUAAGGAGACGGAUGUUUUUAUCAAGUGGGAGAUUGUCAGAUGA